AUGUUGUAGUCAUUGGAAGAACCUGUUGUGUUGUUGGAUGUAAUGUCUGUUCACACGAUCGACGGGGCAAAAAUUUAGACAACGAACUUUCUUUUUAUUGUUUUCCGGCCUGGAAACAGAAUGAAGGGAGUCAUGUGUCCGAUGUAACCAAGUGGAGACGGAUGGCCUGGAUAUCCGCUAUAAGACGCACGGACAUACACUUUGCAGACAUCCCAAGAUCAUUGAAAGUGUGUUCCAGGCAUUUUCAUUCAGGUAAACCAGCAUAUGAGAUGGACGAGUCUCAUCCAGACUGGGCUCCAACCCUGCACCUGGGUCACUCUGAAGUCACAGCCACAGUGUCAGAUCGGCAUGCCCGCAGACAACAUAGACAUCAUUUGAGAGAAUCUGAGGGAGGAGGCCAAAAUGAACAAAACAACGUGAACGAAGAUGAGAGAGAUGGAGUCCAAGAAGAUGCAGGAGAAGAGGGAUAUGGGGAUCAAGCAGAGGCAGGGGCUGCAGAAGAAGAAGAGCAUGGGGAUCAAGCAGAGACACGAGCAACGGAAGAGGAGGAAAAUAGAGAACAGACAGAAACAGUCAAACCAGCUGCUAAGAGACUAAGAGCAGAAUGCCAGCUCUGUGAGCAAAGCAGUGCAGAACUAACCCGUCUGUUGCAGGAAAAUAGGGAGCUUAGGUCUGAGUUAAACAAGUUGAAGAUGGAUGAAGAGUUUUUCAAAGAUAAUACAGAGAAGGUACAAUAUUAUACAGGACUUCCAUGUUUUAACUCUUUCUGCUACCUUUGCCGACACCAUAGAUGUGCUGUAUGCACGCCUUACUCCCUUGUUGUACUGGCCUGA